CAGUCUCUGAUCAGCCAGCAACAAGCAAGAAAUGGAUACUGAGAUCCAGGGACAUGGCCUGUUUGAAUCACUCCCGUGUGCCUCAAGUCCUGGCAUGAUGCCUGAUUCCCUGUGAUUAAAAAUGGGACUCCAACAUCCUCACACAAAACAAGGAUGCAGCAAAACACCACUCGAGAAAUAAAAAACAAACAAAAACCAAUGAAGAUCUGAUAGAGCUGGCCGAAGAGUGCUCUUAUUAUCAGCUGAAGCUCUGUAACCCAGCACUAAAUUCAUCUGUGGGGGAGCCAUGUUUGAUCAGGACUACAGGAAGGUCAGCUCCAUUCUGGAGACCCUUGUAAGGAGGUGAGCAGUUGAGCAGAGGCCAGGAUGAAGUUGCUGCCAGGAGUGGGCGUGUUUGGGACUGGCAGCUCAGCCCGGGUCCUAGUCCCACUGCUGAGGGCAGAGGGUUUCACCGUGGAGGCCCUAUGGGGAAAGACGGAGGAGGAGGCAAAGCAGCUGGCCGAGGAGAUGAACAUCACCUUCUACACCAGCCGGACCGAUGAUGUCUUGCUGCAUCAAGAUGUAGACCUGGUGUGCAUCAACAUCCCCCCUCCGCUCACCCGGCAGAUAUCCGUGAAAGCUCUAGGAAUCGGGAAGAAUGUGGUAUGUGAGAAGGCAGCAACAUCAGUGGAUGCCUUUCGGAUGGUGACGGCAUCUCGCUACUACCCGCAGCUGAUGAGCCUGGUGGGGAACGUGCUGCGCUUUUUGCCUGCUUUUGUGCGCAUGAAACAACUGAUCGCAGAGCACUACGUGGGCGCAGUGAUGAUCUGCGAUGCCCGCAUCUACUCCGGGAGUCUUCUCAGCCCCAGCUAUGGCUGGAUAUGUGAUGAGCUCAUGGGUGGUGGGGGCCUGCACACCAUGGGUACCUACAUUGUGGACCUGUUGACCCACCUGACUGGCCGGAAAGCUGAGAAGGUGCACGGGCUGCUCAAGACCUUUGUGAGGCAGAACGCCACCAUCCGUGGCAUCCGGCAUGUCACCAGUGACGACUUCUGUUUUUUCCAGAUGCUCAUGGGUGGGGGGGUGUGCAGUACAGUGACACUCAACUUCAACAUGCCGGGUGCCUUCGUGCAUGAGGUCAUGGUGGUGGGCUCAGCAGGGCGCCUCGUUGCCCGGGGAGCUGACCUCUAUGGGCAGAAGAACUCUGCCGCACAGGAGGAGCUGCUGUUGAGAGACUCACUGGCCGUGGGGGCGGGGCUUCCGGAGCAGGGUCCCCAGGAUGUCCCACUGCUCUACUUGAAGGGUAUGGUCUAUAUGGUGCAGGCCUUGCGCCAGUCCUUCCAGGGGCAGGGGGAUCGCCGUACCUGGGACCGCACCCCUGUCUCAAUGGCUGCCUCAUUUGAGGACGGACUAUAUAUGCAGAGCGUGGUGGAUGCCAUCAAGAGAUCCAGCCGCUCUGGGGAGUGGGAGACUGUGGAGAUGCUGACGGAGGAGCCAGAUGCUAACCAGAACCUGUGUGAAGCACUUCAGCGGAACAACCUGUGAGCCACACAUGAGGUUCCUCCCACGGGCAGAGGAGCCAGGGAGGGAACUGGGAGCUAUGAUUGGCUAUAGCAGAGACAGUGUCUUUUGUUUAAUAAAUCAGCCUGGGCCAGGGCUAGGCACCAACUGAAGGUGGCCAAGGAAAAAGCCCAUCUGUCCAUCAUUGACUCCUCAGACUUGCAGGGCAGCAACCACUCCUGCUGCCAUAUUGUAGGCUAGGAGUGUGUGCAGGAGAGGGCUGUCACCGGCCCCUUGCGGUUCUCCCAGUGGGCAGGGGAGAUAUAAGAUAUAUCUUAUAUAUAUAUCUUAAGGUAUAAGAUCAGUCUGUGUGCUGUUCAGCCCGGUUUGUGAUCUGACAGGAUGAGAAAGCCCAAUAAAGACCAGCUUGGUUGAAUCCUAAGGGGAGAUGGCAAAAACCUUUCCUAUCUUGAACCAGGGCAUCUCAGGGCUGGUGAGGACAACAGGUCAUCCCUUAGGGAUCUUCACCCGCCCUCCCACGUGAACAGACCCUUUCAGGGCCCAGGCAGGCCUUCCUACAGAAAGGAUUUCUGUAUUACACAUACUCUAGGGAGGAGGCCCCUGACUUGGCAGAGAGGAGACAAAGGGGGACUGUAGAACAUCUGAGAAAUGUCAGUAAAUGGAAAAAAAAGUGACAUCAUGGUGUCUGUCGUUUGUUUGGGGUUGGUUUCUUUAAUAAUGGAGGGCUUGUUUAUUGCUGUAGAUUGGCUGUUACUCUCCUCAUGGCCUACACGGCAGCUCUGAGCUAAUGGUGUAGCUUAUGCCCGGCUCCCAGAAGUUCACCACAUAUCCUCAGCAGAGAGGGUUCCCUAUUAGGCUGCUGUGAAACCUGCUGUUCUAAGAAGACAGGAGGAGAGCCUGGGACCCCUAGGCUGGACAUCAUGAAAGCAUUUUGGGUUUUGUUGUUAUUUAUAUGUGUGUUGUGGGCAAGAGCACGUGAGUUCAGUGCCCAAAGAGGUCUGAAGAUGGCAUCAGAUUCCCUGGAGCAGGAAGUUCUGAGCUACCUGAGGUGGGUGCUGGGAACUGAACCUGGAUCCUCUGCCCAAGCGUUUUAACUGCUGAGUCAUCUGCAGCCCUAGGCUUCUGUCCUUGCAGACACGGUGUGGCUCCUCCUCAGGGGAGGAGCUUAAGGAGGAAGGGGCCCGUGCCACCCUUUGGAGCAGGUUUAGCUGGCAGUAUUUGCAUCAGCUGGCUAGCCAGCAGCCAUGCCUAACUGGCUGUGUACACAGGGACAGGCCCGAGGUGUGGGGUCCUGAAGGACGCAUCUGCCCCCUUUGUUUCCUUUGCCAAUCUACUGGAUUGUGAAGCUUCAGUGAACUUCAGUUUUCCUCCUCCUCAUCUUGGGCUCCCUGCCAAAAAGGCCAGGGGAGGCCUCCCUCUUCCUCUUGGCACCACUUGUAGAAAUAAAUCAUCAGGCCGUUUCCCUGU